AUGGGUAAUUUACUUGGAAGAAAAACCACAGUUAUAGAAGACACAUAUACCCCUAAAUGCUGUAAAUGUGGUCGAUUAUUAGAAGAUAUCAGUGCCGAAACCAGCUUUGAGUACUAUGAACUCAGUUCUUGCUCUCAUCUGAUAUGAACAGAUUGCUUUAAGGAGCAUGCUGAAAUAGAAUACGGCGUCAAGCAGCUCGUCGACUGCCCAAAGUGAGGGAGAAUUGUACAUGAAGAAGAAAUUGAAAUUUUGCUCAGUGAGGAAUGGGAAGAAAUGGUCGAAGAACUUGAAGACGAAAAAACUGAAAUUAACGAAGGAUUUGUCAGAUGUAGAUGUGGUGAAGAAGUUGAAGUCAAAAAUAAAAAAGUUAAUUAUAACUUAAAGGAUGAAGAAGGAUAUCCUGUUAGUAAAGAAGCUGCAGAGUGAUAUGCUAAGUAUAGGACUAAGUGUAACCAGUGAAAUGAUGAGCUAUGAGGAAAGUGAAUGCUGACCCCAUUUCAUCUUGGAUUCACUUGAUCUCAGUAUAGAGAGUAUAUUGAGUCUGAAAAAUGAAGAUACUGAGGGUAUCCAGUGAAGAAGAAACGUAAGAAAGGUAUCCUACAGUUUGUUUGUAGCAAAUUUGAAUGUAAGAAUAUUGCUAAGCAUUCUUGUUCUGAGAUUCUUGACUGUGGACACGUCUGAAGAGGAGUCAGGAAAGAAGAAGAAUGACUUCCAUGUUUGGAAGCUGACUGAGUUGAAAGAAAUGAAAAGGCAACUCUUGGUGAAAAUACUAUGUCAAAUUGCACAAUAUGCUUCACUGAUCCUCUUGGUCAGCUCCCUUGUGUGCAACUCGAAUGAAAGCACAUAUUUCAUGCUGAAUGUUUGGAAAAAUAAAAUUGAAAUGAAAUGGGCAGGUCCAAGAAUACAUUUCAGCUACAAAAAGUGACCUGCCUGCAAGGCUGAUAUAUUAUGGUGCUUCCAUAAACGUAUCGAUAGGCUGAUCCAAGAAGCCAAUGAGCUAGAAGAGAAAGUCAGGGUAAAGGCCAUCGAGAGAGGCAAGGCAGAAGGCAUUGAUAAAGAUGAGAGAUUAAGAGAUGAACAGAACGAAUUCUUUGAACGAUACGAAGAGUACUGCCUCGAUAGACUAGCUUACUAUAUCUGACAUAACUGUAAUGAUGUGUAUUAUGGUGGCAUGAGAGAGUGAGGUAAUGCUAUUGAAAACCAGGAUGAUUACGACCCUGCUGAUUAUCUUUGUGGAGAUUGUAAGCUAGAAAAUUAUGCAGGGAAAGCCAACUGAGACACCCAUGGAGAUCAGUUUAUUGAAUGGAAAUGAAGAUACUGUUGUAAUUAUUCAAGAUGGUUUUGUUUUGGGACCACCCAUUUCUGUAACAGAUGUCAUAGACACUUAAAAAAGACUAUUUACAAAUGACCUGGGCCUCCUGAAUGUCAGAUAAAAAUGGAGCACCCUUCAGAUGGAAAAGAAUUUGCAAUGGGUUGUGGUAUGUGAAAGAAUCAAAGAAUUGCUGAUGCACAGUAAUUUAAUUUUCGAAUCGCUUAGUAUAAUUGUAAAGUUUCGAAGAUGCUGAGGU